GAACCCACCGCGUAGUCAGCGAUUGCAAAGUGAUUACUUUAGCGUAGCGAGCGGUGUUGUUCAAUAUAACGACGCCUAUAGGCUAGUUAGGUAACUAAAUAGGUUGCUAGCUUGUGUUGAAAUCUGUCGCUUUCGUCAUGGCUUGUUGAGUUAGUAUUUACUUGGUUAACAGCUAACAUACUACUCUGACAGUGAGUGCCAGUGCUAUAACGUUAGCUAGAGACAGCUCCUUGAUUAGUUAUUUACGAAGAUAGUUCGUUAUUUUAACUAACUCGUCGUGGUUGCGUCUUUGGCUUAGCUUCAGUUAACCAGCAAGCUGUUCAACUUUGUUUUGCAAAACGGCCAGGUAUGCAAAACAGGGAUAACGCUAUGCCGAGAUGAUGUCCAGCGACUUCUGUACCUGCUAUGUUGGUCGUCUUCCUGUCUCACCAAAGUACAAGUGUACAAAGAUGACGUGCAGUAGACGUGGCAACGUUUCGUUAUAGAGGGAAAACAUUUUCAUCGUCUGCCUUGUGGCAGAAGUUGUCCCCAGCACGGCUGAUGUGGGCUCAGCCUAGGUUCCGAAUCCCCACAUCGGAUGCUCUCGACUCCCGACAUGACUGACCUUGGAUCAGGCGGCUACCUCUCCUGCCUGUGGGAGGAGUGGUUGGGGCUCGAUGAUUUGCAAGGCUACCUCAGCUACCUGGACUACCUGCUGUGGGUGUUCACCCCGCUGGCCGUGGUCUUCAUCCUGCCGGGCUUCAUCCUGCUGUUCGUCUACCUCUCCAUCCUCUUCCUCCACGUCUACAAGCGCAAGAACCAGCUGCGCGAGGCCUACUCCAACAACCUGUGGGACGGCGCCCGCAAGACGCUGGCCACGCUGUGGGACGGACACGGGAAGAUCUGGCACGGCUACGAGAUCCAUGGUCUGGAGAAGAUUCCGGAUAAGGGGCCGGCUGUCAUCGUUUACUACCAUGGAGCCAUCCCCAUCGACUACUACUACUUCCUGGCCAAGGUGAUCCUGCAGAAGGGAAGAAUGUGCCACGCGGUCGCCGACCACUUCGUGUUCAAGGUUCCAGGGUUCCGGCUGCUCCUGGAGGUGUUCAGCGUGCUCCACGGGCCCCGGGAGGAGUGUGUGAGGGCCCUGCAGGCGGGCCACCUCCUGGCCAUCUCCCCCGGCGGCCUGCGGGAGGCGCUGUUCAGCGACGAGACGUACCCCCUGCUGUGGGGCCGGCGGCAGGGCUUCGCCCAGGUCGCCCUCGACUCCAGAGCGCCCAUAAUUCCGAUGUUCACUCAGAAUCUCCGAGAAGGAUUCCGAUCGCUUGGGAAUCUGAGGCCGUACCGCUGGCUGUACGAGCGCUUUCGGCUGCCCGUGGCGCCGGUGUACGGAGGGUUUCCCGUCAAGUUCCGGACCUACCUGGGCGACCCCAUCCCCUACGACCCCAACCUCACUGCAGCCGAGCUGGCUGACAAGGCCCAGCAGGCUGUGCAGGAUCUGAUCGACCGGCACCAGAGGAUCCCGGGGAACGUUCUGCAGGCGCUCCUGGAACGGUUCUCCACCGGACACAAACAAGACUGAGGACGCGGAGGAACCUGCAAUACAGUACAGAGGAACCCACUACAGCAGAGAGGAACUCACAGUACAGAACCCGCUACCACAGUACAGAACCCGCUAGAGCAUAGAGGAACCCACAUUACAGAACCCACGACAGCAUAGAGGAACCCACAUUACAGAGGAACCUGAUGCAGCACCAGCAGAAUAGCACACAGGAACCCUACCCAGUAUAGAACAGUGUAGUACAGCACAUGAGAAGCAGCAGUAUAGUACAGAGAAGCCAGUGACAGUACUGAGGAACCCGCAGUAUCGUACUAAAGAACCCACUACAGCAGAGAGGACCUGAGAGAGCGUGAGCUGUUCAUAAGGGUCCCGUCAGGUACACAGCAGCUCCUCUGCCGUGCUGAAGCUCAGACCCCAGAGGUCCUCAGCUCCUCCUGAGCCCGUGGGUGAUGCCUGAUUUCAGGAGCAGAACGGGGAGAGGAGCUCUUUGCAGGACAAUCAUUCAAUGCGAGAUCAUUUAUUAUUUUACUGUUUUAAGUAUUGUAUAUUUACUUGAUUUUAAACCUCUGAUUUUUAUGGAGUAAAAAAAUUAAUUUAAUUGUGUUUGCUCUGCUAUCUAAGCACCUUCUGUAUGAGCGGACUUUGAGAGAUGCACUUGGUAAUGUGGAGAGAGCAAGAGGACCGGUCCUCUAUUUGGACAAUGUGCAUCUUAGAUCUUCUGCUUCUGAGAAAUUAGAUGCGAGUUUUAAUGGAGGUUUUGAGCUGUUGGUUGAGUUGAGAAUCAAACCUCUUUCAGAGUUGUGUGGAGAGGACGAACCUGAUCUCCCUCCCCAAAGGUCCUUCAAGCCAAGUCCAGAUCAAACUGUAAGAGCAGUGUGGAUGAGAAAGGAAAGCUUUUCUUAGAUUAAGUACAGACUUCAAGUUCUCAAAUGAAAACCGUGGGUAACAAAUGACAGUUUCAGUAGCAGUGACUUUUCAGUCGGUUGAGGGGUCCAUCUAACUCUGGACUCGAGACUUGACGCAUUGGAUUCUGGAGACCUCAGGUAGCAAAAAGCCCUAAAAGUCUGUUUCUCCUGAGAACUUUCUGAAGCCAUCUCAUCAGCUAUAUCACUUUCAGAUCUGAACCGGCCUUUAAAUAGCUGCAACAUUGCACCUUAUUUCACAACAUCUCAGGCAGAGAUCCGUCCGAAUGCCUCCAUGUUGGCUCAAGUGCUUACUGUGACCUCUCCUAUUGCCUCCAUGUUGGCUGAAAUACGUGCUGUUAUGUUUCCUAUUGCCGCCAUGUUGGCUCAAGUGCAUAUCAUAACCAGUUCUAAUGCCUCCAUGUUGGCUCAAAUGCAUACCAUAACCUGUUAUAAUGCCUCUAUGUUGGCUCAAAUGCAUACCAUACCCUGCUAUAAUGCCUCCAUGUUGGCUCAAAUGCAUAUGGUGAUGUUUCCUAUUGCCUCCAUGUUGGCUCAAAUGCAUACCAUAACCUCUCCUUCUCAUCCAUGUUGGCUUCACAUUCAGACUCUAAACUUCUGCAGUUCCUUGGCACUUCCCCUGUCGGGACAAAUUUAUUUUCAGGCCGAACUUCCUCCCUACGAGACAAAAGCUGUUUCAGACACUUCCUCUCAGAUUUCUCAUUUCCUUUCUUGUUGAUUUUUGGGGAGAUUCGCUGAUUGACCAACCCGAAAAACUGAGGGCUAUUCUUAGUUCUUACUUAUUCUUAGUAAUUUCAGGGACCAUAUGUUUUUUUGCCAUCAGAAGAGAUUAAAUGAAUCAAUAUUGUAAUGUUCAUCUACUGUGGAAGUGAGGAAUAAAAUCAGUAAUGCACUUUUAUAUGACGAUUGCUUUAUAGUGGCUACAGUUGAUCUAUAAAUCUGAUGUUCAUUUCUAAUGUAAAUUUUCCUGAGUAUGAUUCUUAUUCGGUGAUUUUUUUUAAGAAUGUCCCAAAGUCAGCCCAUAUAUUUUCCGCUCCUCCCAGACCAAACUUCGCAGAGAUAUUUCCUGUCUUGUGUGAAAUAUUGUCAUCCGUGUUGGCUCUGUGGCACACGUUCACUGCAGCCGGAGGGAGCCUGGCCAAGCAGCGGCAGUACCCCCUCUCCGCCAGUAGAGGGCGCCAAGGCGAGCGCAGAGGCGCCUCCCAGCAGUCCCUGCUCCGGAACGCCUGCUCCUCUCCACAAUGGCUGCCUUCUCCACAGCUGUGCUAGCCUGCACCAGAGCUUUCUUACGUCUCCAUAACCGAUUCCCCCCCGUCUGAAGCCUGCGACUUCGCCCCUUUCUAACCCCAUCGGCCCUUAUUGUUAUCAUGGGCGGGGUUGGUCACCGGCACGUCGCUGUAUACAAUAUGGAUGCUGGCGGCCAUCUUUGAUUGGGGCGCCUGACGUUGGCUUCACGCGGGCCUUGUGUGGGCGGUGAUGUAGUGAUGUUGGCACCACCGAGGGCUGAUGGUGACCAGGGGAACUGGUCGCAGGGGAAGGUGCAGCGAUUUUGGCGGGAACGCAGCCAGGUCUGGGGGCCAGAGUCCGGGUCGGUGGUCAUGACAGCGUGUGUGUGUGUGUGUGUGUGUGUGUGUGUGUGUGUGUGUGUGUGUGUGUGUGUGUGUGUGUGUGUGUGUGUGUGUGUGUGUGUGUGUGUGUGUGUGUGUGUGUGUGUGUGUCCACUGCAGCCAGUUUAAUGCCUGGCUGACGGUGGAGAGAUCGUUUUAAAUUAGGAUGAAGGGGGUCAAAGGUCAAUGCGGAGAGGACUUCGGCCUGCCUUCUUCCUUACCCAGGUAAUAAGUCUUUGGUGUUGACGUUAAUAACCGUGUUCACAAAAUGGUAUCAUCAUUUGCCCAAAUAUAUGUGACAUUCCUUUAUUUAAAUUUGUAAAAAAAUUGUGUAAUUAAUGUUUGAUUUUUUUAAAAACCUUGUCAUAACAUGUUGAAAAACACUUGUGCCUUUUUAUGUAAGGUGACCCAUUGUACAGCUUCUGCAAUAAAUGUAUAAUUUUUCAAAUCGUAUUGUAAA